AUGGCGCGUUCAUCGGAGUACAAGAAGACGGAUCGCCUGGCGCCGUUCCGCCCGCGCAUCUCGCGGUUCCGUGGACACAAAGACAGCGUGUACUGCUGCUGCGUCGACCGCGAACUCCACCCGGGGCAGGCAAGCUACCUUAUUACAGGCUCGCGCGAUAAUACGAUCAAGGUGUGGAACAGCGGGACGGGCGCAUGCAUGUCGACCAUGGGAGGGCAUAACGGAAGUGUCCUAUGUCUAAAACACGAGCCUGGCUUUCUUGUGAGCGGCAGCUCGGAUACGACCGCUCGUAUAUGGUACCCGUCCCAGAGGGGCAAUGGGUCGCUCUAUGAGCCUGGCCCUGUCCUGCGCGGCCACAAGGCAGGCGUGCUGAGCGUCGCGUUUGACGCCAAGUACAUUGUCACGGCCAGCCGAGAUACCACAUUGCGGGUGUGGGUCCGUGCGACGGGUGAGCUGCUGCACAUCUACGACACGCACUCCGCAUCGGUCAAUGCAUGCAGCCUGCACAACGGGAUCGUGGCCAGUGGUGCGGGCGACGGUAGCCUGCAUCUCUGGUCCGCUGCGACCGGCGAGACGUGCCAGACGAUCUCUGGGCCCCGCUGCGGCAUUGCCUCGUUGGUGCUCACCCCCCAGUGGCUCUUGACCGGCAGCAGCGACUCUGCGAUCCGUUUCUGGAACACGGAAACUGGCGUGUGUCUUGCAACAUUCCGGGCCCACGAAAAACUGGUCCGUACGAUUGCGUACGAGGCUGCGCGAAAACUACUCGUCAGCGGCGGCUGGGACCGCAAAACGCGCCUAUGGGAUGUGGAGCCCCUCCUGGAUUCCCUUGACGAGGAGACGCCCGCGAACCCUCACAUGACCCUGGAGCUGGGUGUACAGCAAGCGCGCGUGUUUGACGUAUGUCUCGAUACCACGCGGGUUAUUUCAGCCUGCGAGGACAACACGCUAUGGAUCACAGACUAUGGAGGCCAGGGGCUCGCGACGCACAUCUUUGCGUGA